GCUCCACUCAACUAAAUCAAAUCCCCUAUUUCUCUCUUUCUCUCUCUCGUCACUAUAUAUAUAUUCCCCCACUUCACUUCAUCACACCCACCACGCUUUUCAUUCUUUGCACAUCUUUAGCUAACUUCUCACUUCUCUCACUCAAAACUCCUCUUUUUCUUGGCGUGUUUACACACAAAAGCAGCAUGAAGCAGCUUCUCCGCAAGUUCUCCCGAGUCGCCGACUCACCCAAGUACACGCUCCUCCGGUCCGAGUCGCGGCGGCAGAGGCGCGUCCCGGAGGGCCAUGUGCCGGUGUACGUCGGCGAUGAGAUGGAACGGUUCGUGGUGAGUGCGGACCUCCUCAACCACCCUGUCUUCAUCAACCUCCUCAACUGGUCCGCCCAGGAAUAUGGUUAUGAACAGAAGGGCGGCCUACGAAUCCCCUGCCACGUCAUCACCUUCCAACGAGUUCUUGAAGCAAUCCGACUCGGUCAUGACUCGGACGACCAGUUCAUUCUUGAGAUCCAUUUGUAACUUUUGUUCUUUUCUUCUUCUAUGUGUAAAUACAUAUGAAUUUGGAUAUGAUAUAGAUCAGCAAACAAUUUCAAUUGUUUUU